AACAGUAAUAAGCGCCGCUCCACGUUGCUUUGUUUGCCCAGCCAUUUUCAGGGCUAGAUUUUACGAGAAGUUAUAAGUCGCAGUUUGCCUGCGUGAUUCUCUAGCGUGACAGACACGGAUAAUCUACCGUAAGACUUAUCUAUCAUGAAGGCAUACGUGGUGAGCUGUGUUGCUAUUCUUAGCUGUCUAGUAACGAAUACAUACACUCGUAGUGUCAGAAUGGCCGAAAUGAAAGCAAGUCCUACUCGUUUCUACACUGAAACUCUUCCAACAAAGACUAGCGUUGUCUGGGUAAAGAACAGCGAACCUGGAAACUUCAUGCCGUCAGUCGCAAACGGCUAUAUUGGAACGGUAAUAUACAGCGAUUCCAUUCAUGUGUCUGGGGUAUUCAGCGGUGAAUCUAACCCUAAAGAGACUCAAAUUUAUCCAGUUUAUCUUUACGAACACGCUCACAGAGCUAGGCUCCCGUCAACGUGCGCUAUAGAGUUCGAAGUAGCUGGCAUUAGCGGCAAGCAUUCGUACGCAUUGGACGUGAAGGAAGGAGUUUUUUACCACUGGUUUAAGUCCAGCAAGUUGGAGGUUGAGCAGAGAGUUUACGCUCACAGGUCACGCAUGCACAUUCUUGUGGUAGAGAUAUCGGUUCAAAAUAAUAUGGGAAUGCCAGUCACGUUGGAGAUCAAUAACAAAAGAGGAAACGACUCGAAGGAUAUCGAAUUUACUGAAGUAGAUGUAGAAGAAGGACUAAAAGCAGCUCUUGGAAAGGUAAAUAUCACGGAAACGAAAGGAAGUUUUCGCCCUGAGGUCGCGAUGGCCUGGACCGAGAUCCCUUCGAAGUUAAAUGUAGCAGCAUCACCUGACGAACAGAAUUGGUACUUCAUAACUGCUAUUGCUACAAGCCUCGAUACCAAGUUUGCGCCUCUGUCUGAGGCUGUCAGUCAAUGGAGUGAUGCUAUCAAGGUUCAAAAAAGUCUAUUUAGUACACACAAGAAAGCUUGGGAAGAAUUAUGGAACCGCAGCACCGUGGACAUCGAAGGCAACCUGGAGUUAUCCCAGGCUGUUUAUGGCAGUAUGUAUUACAUCCUCAGCUCAACCCGGGCUGACUGGCCGUACGGGUUAAGUCCCGGUGGUCUCCCGGGCGGGGAAGAGUACAUGGGGCAUACAUUUUGGGACCAGGAUAUCUGGAUGUAUCCAUUCUUGGUAUUGCUUCACCCGGAUCUUGCCAGAGCAUCGUUGAAGUAUCGAUACGAUCGUUUACCCGGUGCUAGGAGGGUGGCUAGAAAAUAUGGAUAUAAAGGAGCCAUGUUCCCAUGGGAGAGUGCUCUCACAGGACUCCAAGUAUCACCCGGGGAACGAUACGGCAAGAGUCAAAUCCACAUCACUGGAGACAUCACACACGCCGCAAAGCUAUACUGGUACACCACCAAAGAUACCCACUGGCUACGAAAAAAUGGAUACGAAAUAGCCCGACAAACAGCCGAGUACUGGGCGAGUAGGGUGCAGUACCGAAGUGAUGGCGAUACAUACGUCAUCAAUCACGUGAUGCCACCCGAUGAAUAUCAAUACCCUGUGAAUAACUCUGUCUACACUAACGUUGUUGCUAAGCUGAAUUUAGAGUUUGCAACUAAGGUUGGAAAAAUGCUUGGACACGAUGUGCCCGAGGAAUGGUCAAAGAUAGCUGAAAAGAUGUUGAUCCCGUUUGACGAGAAGAAGCAGUAUCAUCCUGAAUAUGAAGGCUAUAACCUGAACAUCAGUGUGAAACAAGCAGACACAAUCCUUAUCGGGUACCCACUGAUGUACGACAUGGACAAGAAGGUUCGUUCUAAUGAUUUAAAUUUUUAUGAAGACAUUACCAAUCCAAACGGACCCGCUAUGACCCACUCCAUGUUUGCUAUUGGUUGGCUGGAACUUGGCGAAGAGAAACGUGCUGAGAAACCCUUCAUGAAAAACUUCGAGAAUAUUGUAGGACCUUUCAAGGUUUGGGUGGAACAGCGGAACAUGAAGGGUGCAGUCAACUUUAUCACCGGUGCUGGAGGAUUCCUACAAACCAUCACUUACGGAUAUGGAGGGUUCCGCCUUCGCGAAGGACACCUAGAAUUCAACCCCACCCUACCCCCCAAAAGUACAAAGAUGACCAUUACUGGAGUCCAUUACCUUGGUAACCAAUUGAAAUUCACUAUUACGUCAGAUGGUGUUGAGAUCACGUUAUUGGCUAGGAAAGAAAUAGCUCCAUAUUUGGAAGUGGUGAAAGAUGGUAAAAAAUACGGAGUGAAGACUGGUGAGAAAUUGAGCUUGUCAAGAGGAAAAGGGGUAGUGCGCAUGCUUGAGGAAUCAGCGGUGUCAUCGGCGGCGCCUAGGAGUCUUGUUUAUGGUUUGGGCAUGUCUGUAAUGGGAUUUUUGUGUGCAUCGAUUGCUAGUUUUGCUAAGGUAUCUUUUCUUGGAUAGUUCUACUUUGAAGCGGACGUAGAGAUACUGUGAGUCUUGGCUUUCAGUGAGGUUUGGUGGUAUAACGUUACCCAGGUCCCAGAGGCUCGACGAUUUCGCGCUCAAAAUGUACGUGGCCGGGAGAAAAAUCGUCGGCCCUCUGGGACCAGGGUAGUGUAACCUAAGAAUACUAUGAUAAACUAUCUAGUACAUCUCAUUUAGUUCUUUUGGCGCAUCUUUUGGUUGAGGACCUCUUGAGGAGUUUAGAUAGGUUAAAAACUCAAAUAAAAUCAUUGGAUGCAGUUCAUUGCUAAAAAAGUGCAAAGUUGAGAAGAAGCGUUUGAAGUACCCUGUAAA